CAACCCUGGCAAGCGAAACGCCGUGAAUGGUUUGACUGCUUGCAUGGAGAACUAAUUGUAUUUGUUAAUUUUGUUGAUCGUGUGUAAGUUUGACGAAUACUCUUCUAAUAGCAAAAUGGCCGCAGGUCCAAUUGCCGAACGCAACCAAGAUGCCACCAUUUAUGCCGGCGGCCUGGACGACAAAGUAUCCGAGACGUUGCUAUGGGAACUCUUCGUGCAAGCCGGUCCAGUGGUCAAUGUGCACAUGCCCAAGGAUCGGGUCACACAAAUGCAUCAGGGCUAUGGGUUUGUGGAGUUCCUCAGCGAGGAGGAUGCCGAUUAUGCCAUUAAAAUAAUGAACAUGAUCAAGCUUUAUGGCAAACCGAUACGCGUCAAUAAGGCGUCGGCACAUCAAAAGAAUCUGGACGUGGGCGCCAACAUUUUCAUUGGCAACCUGGACGUUGAGGUGGACGAGAAGCUGCUGUAUGACACAUUCUCAGCAUUUGGUGUCAUCCUGCAGACGCCAAAGAUUAUGCGCGAUCCGGAGACGGGGAAAUCAAAGGGAUUCGCAUUCAUAAAUUUUGCCAGCUUUGAGGCUAGCGAUGCCGCCAUGGACGCGAUGAAUGGCCAAUAUCUCUGCAAUCGUCCCAUCUCCGUUUCGUAUGCGUUCAAAAAGGAUCACAAAGGCGAACGUCAUGGUUCCGCCGCCGAACGACUGUUGGCAGCACAAAAUCCAUCCGCACACGCGGAUCGACCGCAUCAGUUGUUCGCCGAUGCGCCCGUACAGAAUAUGAUGCCGGUGAUGGGUGGGCAAAUGAUGCCGCCACCGAUGAUGGCACCGCCACCGCCAGUGAUGGCCGUCUCAUCGAAUAACAUGGGUAUGAUAGCGCCGCCGCCGCCGGUGCCGCAGCCGACACCAUAUCCGCCAUCAAUACCACCGCCACCGUUACCACCAAUGGGCGGCGGGCAGCCGCCACUGCCGCCAGCGAUGGGUAUUCCGCCGCCGCCACGCAUGCUCCAGCCGCCAAAUGCAUGGGCACCGCCCGGUAUGCCGGUGCCGCCGCCACGUCCACCACCAACGAACUGGCGUCCGCCGCCCGGCGCCUUUGCGCCGACGCCAUUCUCACGUCCCUACCAACCAGAUGGCUAUCAGUACUAAGUCCAACAUCUAGUUAUACAAUUUAAAAGUGACCGAAAUAAAUCCUAAAAUCCAAAUCAAAA